UCCCCAGCGGGGAAGAGGAAUUAUUGCCUACACGGACGUUUUUUCGGUCUGGAUUUUAGUUCUGGAGACGACACAUUUAUUUAAACACUCAUUUUAAGGAUUCACUGUAGGCCUGUUCAUUUAUUGACGAAGAUGGGAUGUUCUAGAUUCACCUGCUCUAAACACUCCCUGUGCGCGCUCAACAUCCUUUAUGUUAUGGUGAGCCUGCUGAUGAUUGGUAUUGCAGCAUGGGGUAAAUGGUUCGGUCUGGUCUCCAGUUUUCAAGUAGUGGGAGGCAUCAUCGGUGUGGGCGUCUUCCUCUUUUUUGUGGCCCUAGCCGGCCUCAUAGGGGCCAUGAAACAUCAUCAGGUCCUGCUCUUCUUCUACAUGAUCAUCCUGUUUAUGGUGUUUAUUGUGCAGUUCUGUGUUUCCAGUGCUUGUUUGGCCAUCAACAGGGAGCAACAGGAUCACCUGCUAGAAGUGGGCUGGAAUAACUCUCAGAGUACUCAAAGGGAUGUUGAGAAGAGUCUCAACUGCUGUGGCUUCAAACAGGUGGACCCCAACCUCACCUGUGAUGCUGCUUGUUUUCCCAACCACUCCUGUUUGCCCUGUGCAGAUAAGAUCCAGGAACAUGCUGGAGAGGCUCUCCGCUUUGUAGGAGGGAUUGGACUUUUUUUCAGCUUCACCGAGAUUCUGGGAGUGUGGCUCACAUACCGCUACAGGAAUCAAAAGGACCCCAGAGCAAACCCCAGUGCUUUCCUGUGAGACAGCUUCAGCCCUGCUGUCACCUCACCCCCUACGGACCUUCUCUGGGGUUUAACUGUUAAUACAAGACUGACCUGUGUGUUUCCACUGACUGCUGCAGUGCUGUUAUUAUGUGAUGUGCUUGGUUUGCGAGAGCGAAGGUGUUCUGAAAACAAGUUGUUGUGUGUGAAGGAACAAUGCACAUGUUCCUUCCAGCGUCACAGCUCUGCAUAAGAAAAGUGUCUGAUGCUGAACAUGCUGAACAUGUACAGUUAGUACACUGAGCGCUUGUUGGUGUAAAAACAGGGAACUUUGUCUGCAGUAGUCCACUGUAUAUUCCCAUAUAAGUCUGUAGCAUCCUGCCUGAUGAUGACUCUGAUCAACUGUUUUGUUUUUGUUUUUGUUUUUUUUGUUUUUUUUUUGCAGUCGGUCCAACUGAAUGCAAUAAUGUCAGCCACUACUCUGUAUAUUGGUUUCUAAAUUAUUUGGACCAUGUAUGAAUGUGUAAGGAGGUGACCUGGGAGCCUAUGUGCAUCUGUGUGUGUGUGUUUGUGUGUGUCUGUCGCUGGUCCACUAUUUUGACUCACUCUUGGCUGGUGCUGCGUAUUUGGCAUUUUGCAUGACUCUUCUGCAGAUGU